GUACAAGGAGCUCCUGGAUAGUAAAACCCAGCUGGAGGAGAGGGAGAGAGAGAUAAAGGUGGCGAGACAGAAGAUGGAAGCAGACGCCCAGAGGACGCUGGAGAGAGAACGAGAGCUGGAGAGGCUGAAAGAGGACAAUGAGAGGCUGCAGGCCCAGCAGAAGGACUGGUUGGCCUCACAGGCGGAGCUGCUGGCUCAGGGCUCUGUGCUAAAGGCGGAGCUGAGUGCCUCCCAGCUGGAGAAGACUCGAAUGGAGGGGGAGCUCAGCGUCCUGAGAGAAACCAAUCAGAGCCUGGACCUCAGCAACGCUCGGCUCACCAGCCAGUACCAGCUUUUGACACAGCUGAAGGGGAACAUGGAAGAGGAGAACCGACACUUAGCCGAACAAAACCAGAGUCUGCUGAAGGAGAACCGGGCCUUACUGGAGCAGAGCCUGGAGCGCCGUGACCAGCACUACUCACAGCAGCAGGAGUACCAGGAGAAGCUGAGUGAGCUCCGCCGGGAGAAGCAGAAGUUGGUGGAGAAGAUUAUGGAUCAGUACAGAGUUCUGGAGCCCAACGUGCAACCUCCAGCCAGCAAGGCCAAAAAGUCCAACUGGAUCGCAGACAGGAUGAAGAAACUAAUCAAGCCUCGGGGCGGAGGAGGAGGAGGAAGAGACGGACGCGCCCUCUUCACCGCUGCAGGCAGCAUAGAAAACCUGGCCGACAGCAAUGAAUUUACAUCCGACACGCACACACCGAAGCCUGACCUCCGCAGCGCUCCAGUUUCUCCGUCGCCCUUGAGGAAAACCUCGUCCAACCCAGAACCAGACAUCUCGUGUCCCGGAACACCGAGCCCCUCACGUUACGGGCCUCGACGAAAGCUGGGCUCCCGUCACGGCUGGGGGAUCGGUUUGGCCAGAGGGAACUCUGGGAUCUCCCAAUCCUUUAGUCCCGGCGACAACAAGGCGCCUCCCCGCCAGCGGCUUCCCUCCAGUCAGAAUAGCAGCACCAUCCUGUGGGAGGGGGCGGGGAACGGGAAGGAGGCGCCUCCCGAUGCCGCUUCCCUGACCAGCCAGGAGAGCGCCGAGGAGGAAGGAGGGAAAGACUAUCAGCCGUCCGGUAUCGACACAGCACCACAGGAGAGACCUACAGAUACAACCUCUGUAAACUGAUGGAAAUCUUUAUAUAAAAUACAAACUGUUUCAACACA